AUGGCUACCCCCAACCGCAGGGUGGUCUCCAGACCUCAGAGACCUGGCUGGGGGCCAAAAGGAAGCAGGUCCCUCCUGGGCAGCCUGGAGUUGAAGGAGACCCAGGAGCAGACACCAAGCCAGUUGGCCAUGCUGAGGAAGGCGCAGGAAUUCUUCCAGACCUGUGAUGCAGAGGGCAAGGGCUUCAUCGCCAGGAGAGACAUGCAGAGGCUUCACAAGGAGUUGCCACUCAGCCUGGAGGAUCUGGAGGAUGUGUUUGAUGCCCUGGAUACUGAUGGCAAUGGCUUUCUGACUCCAGAGGAGUUUACUACUGGAUUUAGUCACUUCUUCUUCAGCCAGAGCAACCCACAUCAAGAAGAUGCAAGUGAACGGGUGGCCCAGCUCCAGGAAGAGAAAGUGUAUCAGUCCAGAGGGGAAGAGUAUCUGGGUAACAUUAACAUGGCUGAAGAUGAGGAAGCCCAGUUCCAGAGGCUGAUGGACAGACUUGGAGCCCAAAAGGUUUUAGAAGAUGAAAGUGACGUCAAGCAACUCUGGCUGCAGCUGAAGAAGGAUGAACCUCACUUACUGCCCAGUUUUGAGGAUUUCUUGACCAGGAUCUUCUUCCAGCUCCAAGAAGCUCAUGAGGAGAAGAAUGAACUGGAAUGUGCCCUGAAAAAGAAAAUUGCUGAUUAUGAUGAAGAAAUCCAGCAUCUCUAUGAAGAGAUGGAACAACAAAUCAAAAGCGAGAAGGAGCAGUUUCUCUUGAAAGACACAGAGAGGUUCCAGGCUUUCAGUCAGGAGCUGCGACAGAAACUAUUAUCUAAGGAGCAAGAACUGGAACAGCUCAUCCAGAAGCAGAAAAGGCUGGAAGGCCAAUGUAUAGCCCUGCACAAUGACAAGCAUGAAACCAAAGCUGAGAAUACCAAGCUGAAACUCACCAACCAGGAGCUGGCCCAGGAGUUGGAGCAGACCUCCCGUGAGCUACAGGAUGCUCAACAGCAGCUGGAAAGUCUCCAGCAGGAGGCCUGCAAACUGCACCAGGAGAAGGAGAUGGAAGUGUACCGUGUGAUGGAGAGUCUGCAGCGGGAGAAGUCAGGGCUUCUGAAGCAGCUGGAUUUCCUGAGGGAAAGGAACAAGCACCUCCGGGAUGAACGGGACAUAUGUUUUCAGAAAGAUAAGGCAGCCAAGGCAAACACAGCUGCUUCCAAUGCAAGCUGGAAACAGAGAUCUGGCUCUGUGAUAGGCAAAUAUGUGGACAGCAGAGGGAUUCUUAGAAGCCUGUCAGAGGAGGAGGAAGAUGUGUUUGGCAUCCCAAGAAGGAGGAACUCCCUUGGCCUGAGUGGAUAUCCACUCACAGAAGGAGAGCCAGGCACUGGGGAGCCAGGGACUGGGGGUCCCUCCCCACGAUUGCUCCGCAGAAUCAUCUCUAUUGAAGAAGACCCCCUGCCCCAGCUCCUGGAUGGAAGCUUUGAGCAGCCGCUGAGCAGGUGCCCAGAAGAGGAGAAGGUCUCUAACCAAGGGGGGAAAGGACAAAGUCAGCAAGCCCCACACUUGGAGCUCACCCCCACAUCUCCGCGAGGGCAGCCUGUUGGAAAAGAAGCCCUGUCUGAGGAGGAAACCUCUUCUUCUGCCCCAGACCGGCUCUUCAAGAUUGUGUUUGUGGGCAAUUCCAGUGUGGGGAAGACGUCGUUCCUGAGGCAGUUCUGUGAGGACCGGUUCUCUCCAGGCAUGACAGCCACUGUGGGAAUUGAUUACCGAGUGAAGAUGGUGAAUGUGGACGACUCUCAGGUGGCCCUGCAGCUGUGGGACACAGCUGGACAGGAAAGGUAUCGGUGCAUCACCCAGCAGUUUUUCAGGAAGGCCGAUGGUGUCAUCGUCAUGUAUGACCUCACAGCCAAGCAGUCUUUCCUGUCAGUCCGGCAGUGGCUGAGCAGUGUAGAGGAAGCUGUGGGAGAUUGCAUCCCUGUUCUUCUGCUGGGCAAUAAAAUUGACAACGAGAAGGAGCGAGAAGUCCCACGGGGCCUUGGAGAGCAGCUUGCCAAGGAGCACAGUCUGAUCUUCUAUGAAUGCAGUGCCUAUUCCAGUCACAAUGUCAAAGAGUCUGUGCUCCACCUAGCCAGGAUCCUCAAGAAGCAAGAAGACACAGUGAGAGAGGACACCGUUCAGGUUGGCCACCCUGCCAAGAAGAAAUCCUGUUGUGGCUGA